CAAGGUUGCCAUUUGCCAAGUUCACAAGUCACAAGCUCACAAGUGAAAUAGCCAAUACGUAGUACCACCGUGAAACCGUCCACCUAUAACUUUCUUUUACCGGCGCUGCAAAAUACUCCGAUGAACACCAUGAGACUACCAUGGCGUCGAUUCUCAGCCCUCCUCCGCCGAAAUUUGAAGCCCAUUUUCUCUCUUUCCUCUCCCGCCCUUCAUUCCCAUACUCGACCUCUCUCUUCUCUCUCCUCUCCCGCACUCCCUCCCCAUUCCAAUUUUCCUGCAAAUUUUCUCCACAGCUUUCCCAAUCAAUCAUCCAAGCUUUUUCGCUUCGAAUCAUCAUCAUCAAGCUCCGAAUUUCGAAGAUGCUGGAAUUGCAACUCGUCCCCAACAACCUCACAACUCUUCCUCGUUUGCGAUUCUUGCCGUUGCAUUCAACCCGUUGAUCGCUCCGUUGAUUACUUUCGGAUUUUUGGACUGGAGCAAAAAUACGAUAUCAAGGAGAGUAAUUUAGAGGGCGUGUAUAAAGACUGGCAGAAGAAACUGCAUCCUGAUCUAGUUCAUUCAAAGUCUGAGAGUGAAAGGGAGUAUGCUGCUGAGCAAUCAUCUCGAGUCAUUGAUGCUUACAGGACACUAAAAAAUUCCUUAUCGAGGGCUAUAUACCUUAUGAAGCUACAGGGUGUACAUGUUGAUGAAGAGCAGACUGUUUCAGAUCCAGAAUUACUAGCUGAGGUUAUGGAGAUCAGAGAAUCUGUUGAAGAAGCUCCUGAUUCUCAGGCAUUAAAACAGAUCCAGGCAGAGGUACAAGAGAAAAUGAAACAAUGGUCUGAGACAUUUGCAGGAGCAUUCAAAAGCCAGGAAACAGAAAAGGCAUUAAAUGCCAUCCGUAGAAUGACAUAUUUUAUACGUGCAAAUGAGGAAAUUGUGAAACGGCUCUGAUAUUGGUUGUGUAUCAAAAUUUUGCAAACUUCACUGGAUCCUUUGGCGAAGCACUAGAUCUGCAUCUGCAGUCUAUUCUUUUGGUUGUUCAGAGCGCUGCUGUCAGAUUUGAAAAAGUUUACACCUUUUCAACUGUAGUUAGAAGCGCUUGUUACUUGUUAGCAAACGCGUAAAAUCAAGCUAUUAAGCUGAAGGGUGCAGAGUGCAGAGUGCAGACACCAGGGUUUUUUCUGUGAAUGUAUCUUAGGUGCAGCCGUACAGGCAUACAACACUGGGGUUCAGAUGUAAUAAUGAAUAGCGAAAGAGGUGGUAGCAAGGGAAGUCGAAGAAGUCUGGUUUAGUAAAAGAGGGCAAGCAUAAUCAUGAAUGCAAAAUUCUGAAGUUUGUUAGGUUCCAAAAGUUCUUACAUCUUUUGAAAGAAAAACUAGUGUGUGGCCCGGACGAUGCCCCGGUUGCUACUUGAAUAAUUAAAAUUCGAGAUUUUUUUUCAACUCAAUAUUUGACCAAAACACAUGUAGUCCAUAAAAGUGAAAAGAUUCAUUAAACAUCAACUACACAUUUACGUUAAUCAUUUUUCAUGUCAAUUAUUUUUCAAUCAGAUCA